AAUGGAGGUGAUCGAUCAAAAAGACCGUUGGAACAUCUUGAAGGUUGUACUGAGGUUGGUAGAUACUGAGAAUGUUGAUGCAGAGAACAAAACAGAAAUUCGUAAUGGGAGCCUCAUCAAUACAGCUCUGGACUUUAAAGUGCCCAUCCUGUACUCAUUCCACUGCACAUCGAUGAAACUGUUCCUUGACGCCUUGGACAAUGAGUAUUCAUACUUCAAGGGAACUUAUGUCAAAUUCACUGGUUUCCAGUUCCAGCCAUUCCAUAUCCAGAACGACCGCUUCUACAAUUCAGUGGACUGUGUGGGCUUCUUCACCUCUGGUAUCUGGAUGGGACUUGUCCCCGUGGCCCUGCUGCUGACCAUACUGCUGGGUGGCACCAUGAUGCUGCUCAACCUGUCCAUCAUGGACAGAUAUGAUGAUCCCAAGGGCAAGACCAUCACGGUCCACACCCCAGGGGCUGAUUAGAUGUUGCUGGACAGACAUUCUGCCGAUACCUUCUUUCUCCCAGUUUUGUGAUGUCGUACGUUCGUAAUGUGAUUGUGUUUUUCCAAGUGUCUCUCUUGACUUACUGAACUCUGUGUAAUGUAGAUAGAUAUUAUAUCAGGACAGAAGUCUUUGCGCCGAAUGCUGAUUUCAAGCAUUAAUUAUAUUUGCAUUGGUUCAUGGAUUGCAAAAAAAUAUUUUUUAUUAACAAUCUGGCCAAGGUGGUCGGCUGACUACUAAUAGCCCAGGUCCUGCAAGUUGAUUAAAUGUGAAAGUUGAGAUAUGACCAGUGUAUUUCUUCAGUGUUUUUGUGUAUCUAAGCAUUCCAAA